AUGAUCCCCCGCGGGAGCAGCGGCCUCCUCCGGCGCCCGCAGCGGGUCCUGGGCGUCUGGGCGCCUCUGGUGGGCAGCGGCGGGGCGCAUUCCGGGCGCGCGGCUGCCCCUGCCCGGCCGCUGCGGGUGCUGGUGGACAUGGACGGGGUGCUGGCCGACUUCGAGGGGGGCUUCCUGAAGAAGUACCGCGCCCGCUACCCGGACCUGCCCUACAUCGCGCUGGAGGAGCGCCGCGGCUUCUGGGUCUCGGAGCAGUACGGGAAGCUCCAGCCGGGGCUGAGCGAAAAAGCUAUCAGUAUUUGGGAAUCCAAGAACUUUUUCAUGGAGCUCGACCCCCUUCCAGGGGCUGUGGAGGCUCUGAAGGAGAUGGCAGAAUUGGAAGCGACCGAAGUUUUCAUAUGCACAAGUCCCAUCAAGAAGUAUCGCUAUUGCCCAUAUGAAAAGCUCGCUUGGGUAGAGAAGCAUUUUGGACCCGAAUUUUUGGAGCACGUGAUUCUCACCCGGGAUAAGACGAUCGUCUCGGGACAUGUGCUGAUUGAUGACAGGCCUGAUAUCGUAGGAGCUGAACGCAGCCCUGCCUGGGAGCAGGUGGUUUUCACUGCCUGCCACAACAGACACCUGCAGCUCCCGGCUUCUUGCCCCCGGUUGCACUCCUGGGCCGAUGACUGGAAGGCCAUCUUGGAAAGCAAACGGGGCUGCUAAAGCCAUGAAGGUUCUCAGCAAGGCCAGCCUAGAGCAGGCCUGGUUGCCUGAAGACUCUCUUCUUGAGUUGCUGGCCAGAAGAAGACCCUGUUGCUUUCCUUGGGUCUAGGCUGGCCUGUCAGAAGGAAGAGCUGUGGUCUCAAAUGGCAGCCAGUUUUGGCAGCUAAAGGAAGUCCUUGAGUUUCUACAGGAGCGGUGUUGGCCAAGUCUUCCAACUAUGUUGAGGGCCUUUCGUUGAGUAGAUCAACUCAGGAUGGUUUCCCAUUCCUGCUUAACUUUCUGUGAGGUCUUCUUCAUUCAAGAUAAUGGUCAUCCUCAUCUUUGGCCUCCAAUGGAUGGACAUUGAGCUUCUGGAACUCAAAUGACCCUUGUUGCAAUGGACGUGCAAGAAAUGUUCCUGAGCGCAAAGUUGAGGGAGAUGUU